GCUCAAACACGCCUCCUAUCGGUCACCAUAGGCGGCGCGCUUCACUUCAAAAAGUGUCCGCACCAUCAGUGACGACAGACACAGAGAAACUGAUGGAAGAAGAGAUGGAGUAGAAAGCCAGAGGAGGAGAGAGGGGAAUAAAGAGGAGGGGUGAGAGAGACAUUGUGAUUUUUUUUAUUUUUUUUUACCUCCCUCUUUCUUAUUUAAUUGGUCCUUCGGGAUCCGGGGCGAGUCCUCCGCUCGCAGCUGCGCGGCUUUAAUUGGCUGGAGAUUCCACCAAAAUACUAUUGGAAAAAAAGCCCAGAGUUUAUACAGUUUAGACACCGGUCCCUUCUGAUAAAGCCACUCAUUACGGAGACCAGCGCUGGACGCGCUUUUACGCAGACACUGUUGAGAUAUCAGGCGCGCAUCAGCCGGAGAGAUCUGUGCGCGCGAGCUCUCCAUCCGCCUCACUCUGGAGAGAGCCAUCGAUGAGCACACACACACAUCUGAUAGGAGAACAUCACAGGACAAGAGUUUCACACACUCACUCUUUCACACACACAGCAUCGGACUCCUGCUUCCCAUCAAGACGCCUCUUCUCUUGGAUGCGUGCAGAGUUUGAGCUCAGCUGAAGUUGCUUGGAUGAAAUGUGUUGGAAUUUUGUCUUGAUUUUCUGCACGGAGAGACAUCGGUGCCGAACACGCAACUAACUAAACACCUGGAACUCCUGCCUAUCUGCUGAAAGUCCUUGCUUUUUUUUUUUUAAAAAAAAGGGGAUUAUUUCUUUUUUUUUUUCUGGGAAGGCAGCGAUCUACAGGCUGAGCUCGCGCAGAGGAAGGUAAUGAGGGAUCGCACCUGAAGAUGGAGCUUUUCUGGAUUUUAUUAUUUUCCGUGCUCCACCGCUACGUGCAAACACAAGGAGUUUACGCUCCAGCGAACGCUCAGAUUGUGCAUUCAGGACAGGCGUGUGUGGUGAAAGAGGACAACAUCAGUGAGAGGAUCUACACCAUCAGGGAGGGCGACACACUUGUGCUGCAGUGCCUGGUCAAAGGACACCCGCGCCCUCAGGUGCGUUGGACCAAGACAGCAGGCAGCGCUUCUGACAAGUUCCAGGAGACCUCCAUCUUCAAUGAGACUCUUCGCAUCCCCAACAUCCAGAGGGUGCAGGGCGGACGCUACUACUGCAAAGCUGAGAACGGGGUGGGGGUGGCUGCCAUCAAGUCCAUUCGCGUAGAUGUGCAAUAUCUGGAUAAGCCUGUGCUCACGGUGCACCAGACGGUUGGUGAUGUAAGAGGAAACUACUAUCAGGAAAAAACAGUGUUUUUACGCUGUACAGUGAACUCCAACCCUCCUGCUCGCUUCAUCUGGCAACGAGCAAACAAUCCAAUCGAACAGAGCAAAGACAACGGCGUGGACAUCUAUGAGCCUCUGUACACACAGGGGGAGACGAAGGUGCUGAAACUAAAGAAUCUCCGGCCCAAGGAUUUUUCUGAUUACACUUGUCUAGUGUCCGUACGCAACGUGUGUGGUAUUCCAGACAGCUCCGUCACCUUUCGGCUCACCAACACCACCACACCCCCUGCGCUGAAGCUGUCUGUGAACGAGACGUAUGUGGUGGAUCCAGGUCAGGACGUCACACUGGCGUGUGAGGUUACCGCCGGAUUUCCCACACCCACAGUCAGCUGGUCACGGUACCCGGGGUCUCUCCCUCAGCGCUCGGUGAUUCGCGGCGGGUCACUCACUGUCUGGUCUGUUACUCCCGCUGAUGCUGGCAUCUACAACUGCACAGCCGUCAACAACGUGGGAAACCCGGCCAGAAGAACAGUCAGCCUCAUUGUGAGAUCCAUGAAGAACUUAACAUUCCAGAUCACGCCGGACUCCAACAAAGACAGCGAGAGCAUACAGAUGGGUCGAGACCUCAAACUUUCCUGCCACGUGGACGCUCAGCCUCAGGACAAGGUGAACUACACCUGGUACAAGAACGGUGCUCUGAUCUUCCCCACCGACAGCCUGAUAGUGCUGCGCAGUGACCCAGACAUGCCACCCGGCACCAGCAGCCUGGAGAUCGUGGACAUGAAGUUCAGAGAUCAGGCCACUUACAGCUGCGUCGCCAACUUCCCCGGCAGCAACAUUCCAGAGCUCAGAGUCGACAUCAACAUCACACAGAGCAGCGUCGUUCCUCCGGUGCUGAGCGUGCCAGUCGGAGGGGGUGUGGUCAAUGUCAGUGAGGGCGGGACUGCAGAACUUGUGUGUUUGGUUGAUGGCAAGCCCCGCCCCCCUGUCCUGUGGUCCCGUGCGAACAAAGACCUGCCCAUGCCGUCAGGUGAUUGGAUGGUGGAAACCCGUGACGGACGCCUGCGCAUUACCAGUGUGACGCGAGACAUGAUGGGAGCAUAUCGCUGCCAAACCGCACCAUACAAUGGCCUCAAUAUUAAACGCAGACUGGCUCAGGUGCAGCUCAACGUGGAGUAUCCUCCUGUUGUGGAUCCAGUAAUGAUGGAUGUUCGUUCUCCAACAUUUGCGACGGUCAGUCUCCGCUGUCUGAUUCUCAAGUCCAAUCCAAACCGAAUAGUCAGCGCCUACUGGUACCGUAAUGGAAUACCUUUACGAAACUCUCUAGUGGACUCCCAAAAUGUCCCUCAGCUCCGCUUCAAACUGGACACCACCAAUAACGGCACGUAUGAGUGCAGGGUGAGCAAUGGAGUCGGCAUCUCAAACUGCACCUUCAAUGUUUCUGCUCAGCCGUACGAUGCGGAAUUUUACUACGACACUCCAAAUCCCAUUCGCACCUUGAAGAACAAUUAUUCCUACAUCUUACAGUGGACCCAGAAAGAGCCCGGCGCUGUGGACAAAAUCAUCGGCUACUGGAUCAAUGUCCGACAGAAUCGACAGACAGUUUUGUCCAAACAGAUCACCACUAAAGAGCCUGCAAAAGGUGUGUUGAUGUCCUACACGCUGACGGAGCUGCGUAUUCCUCUGUCAUAUGAGGUCAGCCUCGCUCCUAUAACCAGCUUCGCCACCGGAAACACCGUCACUCGCACCAUCCAGUACUCUGAGCCCUACACUUACCCAAGACCUUCAGAUCAAGUGUGCGGGUUUGAGGAUAUUAGGAUAUGUGGAUUCACUCAAGACCGUGGUGACAUUUUUGACUGGACCAGGCAGAACCAUCUCACGCAGAACCCCAAACGCUCAGUCAAUACAGGGCCCGAUAUGGACAGGAGUGGGACGAAAGAAGGUACGCUCAAUGUUCUGAUGCGGGUGACCAGCAUCGCCAUUGUGGACUCAGCUGUCUGGACUCUCUCUGGGCACCAGGGGGCUGAAUGGAGGAAAGCUAACGCUGAGCUUUAUCCGAGCGGGCCAUUCCAGGUGGUGUUUGAGGGAAUCAGAGGAAAUGGGUUUGAGGGAGACAUCGCUAUCGAUGACGUCUCUGUUACUAAGGGGAAAUGCAGACAAAAGGACAGCGUGGACAAAACAGCAGUUCUGUCUGGGACACACCAGAACCUUCACCUUCUUCCUGUGAUGGUUCAGCUGCUCAGUACAAUCUGCCUGACGUUCCUCCUCAGAUGAUACAAAUGACCCCCGAGCACACACCGCCAGCGUAGGACGUCCCCUGCGGCAGCAAUAACUACUGCCCCGACACGUGACCACCAUUCCUGCUGCUGCCUCCCUCAUUUCCUCCUGUGAUUCCUGUUUGUUUUGCCUUCACACCAUGUCUACUUUUUCUUUCUCGUCAUCUUUAUGGUCACUUGUUGAGCUUAUAUCUGCUAUGUGGCACCUUUUACGUUUUUAUAAGCAUAGCCUCAGUUUAUAUUGGGAUUUAUUUUGACAUGACCUCACUCGUCCUGUUUUCCCAGUGUAUGUAUCUGACACGCCAAAGUGUCAACUGUUACCAAAGAUGACGGAGGGCUUACAGGAUGAAUAGGUGGCUAAAAGAGCGACAGGAACGCCCUUUCCCCAAAUGAAACAACUCUUUCCACGGACUCAAGUGCAUGGAGAUGUGAUUCCCUUAGAAAUGCAAGGAAUAACGGCGAGGAAUGGACUGACAGAGUUACUGAUGGAUCUGUACAUGCACGUGUAUAUGAUAUACUGUUUUGGAAAGUAUCAAGCUGCAGCAAAGACUUAAGAUGAAUUCCAACUGCAACUUCUAGGACUAUGACAAUGUGAAACUAAAGAAGCACAAAUUUAUAUCUUUUUUUGGUAGUAUUUUGGGUUCCUUUACGUAGUAUUCCGUCAGUCUGGAUUUGCUGUACACUUCUUGUCGUUUGGCUUUCAUUACCAGAAACCGCGUGCCACUGCUGCGUUGCUGUUCAGUUUUGUUACGAGGUGGAAUUUGGUUUUGGAAAAACAACACAAUGUGAAUUCUGGACAAGAAAAGCAUCAGUUACCUCACCCUCAAUCUACAAGAUCCACAAAGCACCUGGACAAACUUAAGAGAAUGAUCACUUUAGCUUCAAUCAAACUGCCGGGAGAAUGUUGACUCGUUGGGUCUGCCGUUCUCAAUCAGCAAUAGGACUGUACCUCUGACUGCAAUGAACGCUCUCGUCUUCGUGAAUAUGGGCACAUGACAGAUGGACGCCUCUGGACAGACAAACUGCACUCUUGGCUUUAAUGUUCAAGAAUGUUAUUUUGAAUAGGGUAAGAGAGAAUUCGCACCAAUGUGCAAGCUCUUUAUUAAACCUUUUAUUGUUUAGAAGUUUUGAGAUGGUUGACCUAAAAGUUGGUUCAUUAGCGUCGAAGCAUCCUACAACAAUGCUGCAUUCCAUUUACUUCCAAAUUCUCGCUUUACAACUUCCUACCUGGAAAAUUGCAAUAGAUUUCCUCAAAGUCACUUAAUCAAGAUGGUGAGAUCCACCCAGGUUAACGUAAACUUUAACUCUUUAGAAAACACAUCAGCUGGUCAAAGUUCCUACAUCAAAUGAUGAUAAAACAUUUUUAGCAAAUUCACAAACAGUAACUGCAUAUAGUUGAACACCUGCAGAGCAAAUGCUAGCACUGUGUAGCAUCAUUUAUCCUCCAAUUUGGUUUCUAAUGGCCCUUGUAUAGUUUAAAUUAAGUUCUGUUUGGUUCUUCAUUUGAGGGCAACGAUGGACUAUAUACUGUUUUUGAACUCUCUAACAAGUUAAAAAUAGCUCUUGAUUCUUCUCAGUAGAUAUUCUGUUCAUGAACCCAUACUUAGCUAAGCUUGAACUGAAAAAAAGCAAAAUAAUGCUCAAAUAAUGCGCUGACAGAACUACUAUAUGAAGUUUUAUAAACUAAUUUCGAAAGAAGCAUGUGAUAUGAUUAAUCGAGGUUGGCCUUGCAUCAAUAAUCAUUGCUAGUCCAAUCAGAUAUCAUUGCUAGACCACUCAGAUGAAUUCUAGCCUUCAAUAAAUAAGCCCAUUCAUCUUACCUUCCUUAUCUUCAUUUUUGAAGAAACUCCCCAUCCACCCCAUCUCCCGCUUUUCUCCUUUACCAGGAGCUCUUGAGACCUACCUUAUUUCGAACCCCCGUCAAACUACAUGACCUGGUAGGAGCCCUCGGCUCAAAUAUAUCCACGCUCAGGGUUCUCUCCCGGGACAGCAUGCCAAAUCUGCAAAUUUUGAUUGAACAAUUGCCAAGUAUGAACUCUUGAAAUAGUAAUUAUUCCUGCUGCUUGCAACAAUGCUAUUGUGCUGUCAUGGUAACGCUGGUAAAAUGACGCCUAUUAAUUGAAUAAUAUGUGAUUAUUAUUUUGGCUUGUGUUUUUAAAAGUCAUUGUAGUCUAAGUUAUGAAGUUAUAUUUAGUAUUAACACUAUUUAAUAAAGUAAAAAUAAAUAUAUUACAGAGCAUUUUUGGUUUCAGGUUCAAGUUUGGUUUUGGUGCAGAAUUUUGGUGUAUCCCUUUUUAGAAAUUGAAUGUUACAGAUAAAAAAAGAAAAUCUCUCUGUAAAGCAAUUGUAGCUCAAAGGUGUUUAGGAUUCGGAAUGAACUCCUUCAAUUCAAGAGUUCACACUUAGAUAUUGCUUGAUGCUGUAAGAAGGUUUGAA